AUGUCAAUGACAUAUUUCGGCUCGGAUGGAUAUCUUCAAAUGGAUGCAAAUUUCGCCACUUUGGCGACAUCGCUAUGCAUCUGUGCUUUUGUCAUCUGCUGUGCGUUUCGGUACUUUCUCCGACAUUGCUGCAAAUUUCGUGCGACACGCGGUAUACCAAACUAUACAGCACAGUACUACAUCACCAAUUCGGGUCAUCCAUGCAGUCGCUUCUAUUUCGAUGAACGGAAUCAAAUACGAAGUAUGGUAAUCACUGCCAGUAUACAACCCACGACUGAACAAUACCCACAGAUUGUUGGAUUCGUAUUGGAGCCAUCGCACCUCGAGUCAGAACAUCCCUCUGAGUCACCUAGACCUCCCCGGUACGAAGAUGCGCUUAAGUUGACAUCCGCUCCGCCUCUAUACGAAGAAGAAUCGAAUGCCUCAAGUUCGCCGCCGCGAAUUGUCGAGCUGCCUCGAAGUGGACAAACUACGGCUAGAAUGGAAUCGUCAGCCGAAGAGGUGUCCUCAAUCGAUGGAGAAGUGGAAGAUAUGAAAUCGCCGCGACCAUCACGAAGUCAACCAAAGACCAAACAGAUUGUCAUCUACAGAUGA